AAUGGGUGCCGGAGGAGGAGGAGAGUGGUUAGUAACUGAAAACGAAAGUAAAGUUCAAAAGGUAGAAGAAGUUGAAGUGAGACCACAGUCACCCGCUUUCACCGCUCCCACUGAUCUCAUCACUCGCAUCUUUUCUCAGCUUGACUGCGUCGAUCUUCUCCAAUGCUCUCUCGUCUGCAAGCAGUGGUACACAGAUUCUGCAGAGCUGAGGGAGGGCUGGAAGAAUGAAUAUUUGGAGUCAUGCAACAUGUUUGGGCUAGGCCUGAAAAGGGAAACUCACCCACCAUCUACCACGUGUUCAAUAAGAGAACAGAUAUGCUUCAGUGAAAUGUCAACCAUGAGCACCUACCAGUGGCUUCUAGUGAGGGAGUCACAGAGACUGCUCCAGCAGCCCUGAACUCAUAGAGAAACA